ACAGUCCCAUAGAUCGUUCGUUCCCAAGACAAAAGUUGGAAAUUUCCGAUAGCAUUUAAUGUUACAAUGUGUCCGGAUAUGACCGCAUAACCACAGGAACCAAACUUUAGCUAGUAGCUGUAUCUGUAGCAUAACAGCUAAGCUAUCAGUAUUCAAAACAAAAACUCUCGGAAGUACGUUAUCUUGUUUAACACCGAUUUCGCCGUUAAUAUGGAGCAGUAGGCAGAAUUUAAAAACAAAGUGUAGAGGAAUGGUCUGACUGCAGCAGUACCAGUAAAGAUGCACAGCCGUCUGCAGGAGUUGAAGAAGGAAGAGGAGACUCUCCUCAAAAUCAAAGUCAUGCUACAAGACCAGCUGAACAGGUUGAAGUUUGAAGAAGGGGCCUUGAAAUCUAUCAUUAGCGCUCAAACAGAAGAAGGAGCCUCUCAACGCUCUUCUCCAGAAACUGAGGUUCAUAUUAACCUUGAUGAUGAGAGCGAGAUCAAUCGAACCAAACUGCUACUGAAUGCUGCUGUAGAUUUUGAUAUGGAGGAGGAAGAUGAUGAUGAGGAUGAAGAUGAGGAGGAUGAUGAAGAAGAUGACAAUGAGCUUGAGUUUGAGUUUGUGCCUGAGGACGAUGAGGAAGAUGAUUACUGAGAUUCUCAGUGUUUCAUGGGGCUUCAAUAUUUGCACCACUGAAGAAGAACCACAUGUUAACGGACAUCUGUUUAUUUGUUCACCUGUUUAUCACUUAUGAAGUUUAAUUUAUUUGGAUGGAGUGAGUAACAGUUACAGUUUGAUGAUGUGUGGUGCUAACAGUACCCUCUCCUUAGCCUGAUUUAAGGCAUGUCAUCCUGCACACCAAACCAUGUUAGAAUUUAUGUGUCAAAUUUUGUGAGAAAUAUCUCACUGAAAUGCAGUAAGACAGUGUUAUUAGGUGCUUAUAGCUUACUAGACAUAUUGUGCAUUUUGAGGAUUAGCAUUAAAAUGUAUGGCUGGGCCAUAUAAGAAGAUAGUGUGUAUGCCUUAUGUAAGAGAUGAUAAUUGUAAGCACAAAAUAAAAUGUUUUGCAUAGGGUU